GGCCUAUUGAAUAUAGGUACAAGCGUUCAAAAUCAAUUAGACGAUCACACCAACCAAUAAUCCAUCCUCGUCAAUCAUCUACUCGCGGUGGCGGUGUAUUUUGAAACCGAUUUCAAUCACCGGAGUUGCCCGCUGCAAGGUGGCGGCCGUUAAUGUGCCAUCGACGAAUCACCCCGUAUCCAACGAAGCCUGCAUGCCCUAGCUGAGGAAAGUUGCAUGCCAUCCCAGCUACCCACGAAGAAUUUGCAUCCCAUCUACGUCUUUUGAGCCGUGCAAGGUUCAGAGAUUGUUCCUGUGUUUUUGAUUUUUGCUUAUACAAGGCUCGAAUAGCCUUGGCAAAGGUUAGUACCUGUCCAAGUAGCUUAUCUCUCUCCAUCCAGGUCUACCUGGUGUUUCUGUUUGCCAGGCACUCUCCGACUUCCGUUUUGACACCGUUCACCAGCGUCAUCAGCCACCGAUCCAUUGAGCAAAAUGAUGGACAACGGUGUCAGCUCAGCAGCAGCCAAUCUACGUCAGCGAGAUCAGCUAACCACCCGAAGGACGACGUUGUUGGCGCAGCUAGACCGUGCGGAGCGGUUCAUCGUCCAAUAUGAAGCCGGACGGGAUGAGCUCGAGGUACCGCUACGGAUGGAGAACCUGGACGUACUGUGGGCAUCGCUCGAGGAAGUCCAAGCAGCCCUGGAGGACCUAGAAACGACCAGUGAGGGUAAGACCGCCAAUCUUGAAACUCGUGCUUUGUUUGAACCAAAGCUCUUCCGAAUUAAAGCCAAUCUUAAAGCCAAACUGCCUCCGCCAAUUCUUCCACAAGCCAAUCGCCCUGAUCCCCCCUCUCGCGUACCUUCCACCUUGUCUAGUUUGAAGUUGCCUACCAUUUCGCUCCCGGAAUUUGAUGGUGAUUACCGUCAGUGGUUAACGUUUCACGACACGUUCCAAGCCCUCAUUCACGACAACGACGAGUUGCCCGUGAUUCAAAAAUUCCACUAUUUGCGCGCUGCAUUGAAAGGUGAAGCCGCUCAACUGAUCGAGUCAAUUGCGAUCAGUGCGGCAAACUAUCCUCUGGCAUGGGACUCAUUGAUUGGCCGGUAUUCCAACGAAUAUUUGCUAAAAAAGCGACACCUGCAGGACCUAAUGGACGUACCGCGGAUGAAGAAGGAGACUGCGGUCGCGCUACAUUCCACCUUGGAUGAGUUUCAGCGACACGUCAAGAUCCUCAAGCAACUGGGCGAGCCAACGGAUGCGUGGAGUACACUGUUGGAACAUCUCCUGUGUUCAAGACUUCACGAUGAAACCAUCAAGGCGUGGGAGGACCAUGCAGCGACUGUCGACGACCAGAGCUACUCCUGUUUGGUCGAGUUUUUGGAGAAACGAGUUCGUGUGCUGGAAUCGAUUUCGGCCAACCAUCAUGGUAAUCAACCAGCACCUGCUUCCCAGCCGAGCGGAUCCCAUUUCCGCAAACCCUUCAUCAAGAUGUCGUCCCACUCCGUGACCGAAAGUUCGUUCCCUAAAUGCCAUGCCUGUGACAACCGUCAUGCUCUAGUGAGAUGUCCUCGAUUCAUGGCAAUGGCUGUUGCCGAGAAGCUGCGUCUCGUGAAUUCCAAGCGUCUUUGUGUGAACUGCUUCCGCCAAGAUCACUUCGCCCGUGAUUGUUCUUCGAACUACACAUGCCGAGUGUGUAGAAAACGCCACCAUUCUCUGCUACAUUUGGGUUUCGCCAGCGGUUCCAAUCAACCCAAUCAAGAUUCCUCUUCCAACGUACCCAGUGCUAGCUCCAGUUCCACGCUACCUUCCAAUAGCUCCCAGAACAACGACCAACGCCGAGUCCAAUCCGCUUCGGCAAUCGCUCAACCCUCCGAUGUUCAGAGUAGUAACGUUGCUCGUGAUGCUGUUCCCACCGUGUUUAUGCUGACUGUUGUCCUCAAGAUCGUAGAUGCGUAUGGAAAGGAGCACUACGCUCGCGCUCUGCUCGACAGUGGUUCCCAACCAAAUUUGAUGACGGAUCGAAUGGCACAGCUGCUCCGGUUGAAACGGCAGAAGUUCAACGUACAGGUACAGGGAAUAGGAGAGAAACCAGAAUACGCUAACGAGUCUGUAUCGACCGAAAUUCGUUCGCGAAAGGGAGAGUUUGCGCGGAACGUCACGUUUUUGAUCCUGCGCAAGCUGACUUCCAGUCUUCCCAGUAGUUCAGUGCCCGUGGACCAUUGGAAACUUCCCAAAGACCUCUUCCUGGCCGAUCCGGAGUUCAACCGUUCCAGUGAUGUGGAUUUGAUCUUGGGAUCGCAGCAUUUCUUCGAUUGCUUCCCUACUGCGGCAAGAAUUCAGCUGUCGGACAGUCUUCCGAUACUUGUUGACAGCGAAUUUGGGUGGAUCGUCGCAGGCGGUGCUCACCUUGUUCCUUCGUCAAUGGAUUCCGUGUGCUGCAAAACUGUUACGGUUUCCGUGGACCCCCUCGAAAAAUGUAUGGAGAAAUUUUGGAGCGUUGAGGAGCUGCCCAUCAGGUCUGCCUUUUCCGUGGAGGAGAAGGCAUGUGAGGACUACUACGUGUCAACAGUUUCGCGAACCCAAGAAGGACGAUAUGUGGUGCGCUACCCAAAGCGCGAAAACUUCAGCACCAUGAUCGGCGAAUCCAAAUCCACGGCUCUCCGGCGAUUUUCCAUGCUGGAGGGACGCUUUUCCAAAAAUCCAGGAUUGCAGGAAAGCUACGAAAGUUUCAUGGCGGAGUACUUAUCCAUGGGACACAUGCGCCAAGUACAGGAAGGGAACAACGAUGUGCUGGCUUAUUACCUGCCUCACCAUCCUGUUAUAAAAGAAGCAAGCAGAACCACAAAAACACGUGUCGUUUUCGAUGGCUCCAGCAAAACUUCCACCGGCCAUUCUUUAAACGAAGCACUGUGUGUGGGUCCGGUUGUGCAGGACGAUCUGCUGACUUUGGUGAUCCGCUUCCGAAAAUUUCCAGUGGCUGUUGUAGCGGACAUCGCCAAAAUGUACCGCCAGGUGCUAAUUCACCCCGAAGAUGCACCACUCCAAAGAAUUGUCUGGGGAUCCAACCCUUCGCAACCUCCAGCUACUUUUGAGCUGCAGACGGUCACCUAUGGCCUCGCUCCGUCAUCAUACCUGGCCACCCGCACACUGCAACAGCUUGCAGAAGACGAAGGUCAUGCUUAUCCUCUCGGCAAGCCGGCCCUCACAAAAUCCUUCUAUGUCGACGACUUCAUAGGAGGAGCCGAUUCCGUUCCUGAAGCCAUCCAAUUGCGUGUGGAGCUGACAGAUCUUCUUGCGAAAGGUGGAUUUCCAAUCCGUAAAUGGACGUCCAACAAACUAGAGGUACUGCAAGGUCUGGAUGCUGAUUCCAUUGGCACGCAGUCUAGCUUGCGAUUCGACCCGGAUGAAACCGUGAAGACGUUGGGCAUUUGCUGGGAACCUGAGCGAGACCAAUUCCGGUUCAACUACCACGUGAGCCAAACCAUCCUGAGAGCAACGAAGAGAUCCAUCCUAUCCGCCAUUUCUCAGCUAUUUGACCCGUUAGGGUUGGUAGCGCCGAUUGUUGUACGGGGAAAAAUGCUGAUGCAGGAGUUGUGGCUGAUAGCCUGCUCCUGGGACGACGAAGUCCCUGACAUCGUGAAGCAGAAAUGGCAGACAUUCUACCAUCAACUUCCGAAACUGUCAGAAUUUCGAAUUCAGCGCUACGCAUUCCAAGCUAAUUCCGUGGUACAACUCCACACGUUCGCGGAUGCAUCGGAAGCUGCUUACGGAGCUUGUAUCUAUGCACGCUCUGUAGACCCCGAAGGACGAGUUACAAUCCAGCUUUUGGCCGCGAAAACUCGCGUGGCGCCCCUCAAAAGGUUGUCUCUACCCAGGCUCGAACUGUGUGCAGCAGUUGUCGCCGCUCAACUACAUGGACGAGUCACCGAAGCGUUGGACAUGAAUAUAGCUAGCUCUUUUUUCUGGUCCGAUUCCACGGUGACGCUCCAGUGGCUGAAAUCCCCUCCAAACACGUGGAAGACCUUCGUAGCCAACAGAGUGUCCGAGAUUCAGACAACCACCCACGGCGCUCGAUGGAACCAUGUGGCAGGAUCGCAGAACCCCGCUGAUUUGCUGUCUCGUGGAAUGAGCGUUGAAGAUUUCCUCCAGAGUACGCUUUGGAAAAUUGGACCAGAUUGGCUGUCCCGUUCCGAUGAAGAUUGGCCGAUUCCUAACCAGUUCGAUUCAUCCGAGACCGAUAGUAAACGCCGACCAAUGAUUUCCGCUGUAGCUCGAGCCGAACCGAAGUACAACCCGCUGUUCUCCCGAUACUCGCAGUUCUCCCGCUUGACCCGUAUAGUAGCCUACUGCAUGAGAUUUGCUGAGAACGCCCGCUCGCAAUCCAGAACACGUCCUGUCGCUUUUGUCGGUCCUCUACCUAGCCUGUCGCUCACCGUUGAUCAACUAUCACAAGCCAGAACCAAGCUGAUUCUCCUCGCUCAGGCAGACUGCUUCCAAGAUGAGAUGAAAGACCUUCAGCAAAACCGCCCACUAAAAAGGCAAUCUUCCGUUCGACUUCUGAAUCCUUUCCUAGACCAAAAAGGUGUGUUGAGGGUAGGGGGGCGGCUUAGAUUGGCAGAACGGUCAUAUGAAUCCAAACACCCAGCUUUGAUUCCCAGUUUCCAUCCCCUUGCUAAGCUCAUAGCAACUUCCUUCCAUACAAAAUUAAUCCACGGUGGCGGCCGACUCACUUUGGCCGCAAUGCGCGAAGAAUAUUGGCCAGUCCAUGGAAGGCGACUGGUACGCAGCGUCAUUCGCAACUGUGUUCAGUGUACCCGAGCGAAUCCCGUCCCGGUCCGUCAGCAGAUCGGCCAACUUCCGGCUGCCCGAGUCACCCCGAGCAGACCCUUCGCCGUGACAGGGGUGGACUACGCUGGACCCGUCUAUUUAAAAGCCAUCCAUAAACGAGCGUCACCCACGAAGGCAUAUAUCUGUGUCUUCAUCUGCUUCACCACGAAGGCAGUUCAUUUAGAGCUGGUGAGUGAUCUGUCGACACCCGCCUUCCUCACCGCUCAUCGCCGUUUUGUUGCACGCCGAGGCCGUCCUUCCCACAUACACUCGGAUAACGGCAAAAACUUUAUCGGAGCGAAGAAUGAACUGCACCUGCUGUAUCGCAUGCUGGCUGACGAAAAGGAAGUCGAGAAGAUACAGAGAUUCUGCGCCGAAGACCAAAUCACCUGGCAUCUGAACCCGCCCAAGGCACCACACUUCGGCGGGCUCUGGGAGGCUGCCGUGAAGGUAGCCAAGUCGCAACUGCAUCGGCAACUGAGGAGCUCGCACCUCUCAUUUGAAGACAUGACGACGAUACUGGCGGAAAUAGAGGCUGCCAUGAACUCCCGCCCGCUUGUGCCCAUGACGGAGGACCCAGAGGACAGUACUGCCAUCACUCCGGCGCAUUUCCUUAUCGGAACGAGUAUGCAUGCUGUGCCCGAUCCUGACGUUAGCGGAGCCAACAUAACACGUCUGGCCCACCAUCAACGAUUGCAGCACUUGUUCCAGCAGUUUUGGCACCAUUGGAGAACGGAGUACCUCCAAGAACUCCAACGCGACACCACCAGAUGCGGCCCCAACAAUGAAGUACAACCUGGCAGACUAGUUGUGGUCGUAGACGAAUUCCAGCAUCCAACUCGUUGGCCCCUUGCCCGUAUCGAAGCUGUUUUCCCAGGGGCUGAUGGAUUGGUACGAGUAGUCAAGCUGCGGACGUCGAAGGGCACCUUUACUCGUCCAACAACAAAAAUUUGUCUGUUGCCUACCGAACCAGCGAGCUCUGAAGGCACCCAAUUCAACAGCGAGCAUCGAGAUGAUGGUCAACCGACCAACAGCAGCGAAGAAUUGCAAAUUGUUUAGUUUGUAGAAGUGUACCAUCUAGUUUUAAGCAGAAUUGAUUUACGAAUUCGAUUGUUGUAGCUUCUAGCGUUUGUAUUAGUUGAGUUGAAUUUCUCUUUAAAUUUGAAAUUUGUAAUUUCAAAGGUGGCGGCGAUGUUCUAUUUCACUGAAAUCAAAAUUAUAGAUUCAGGGCCGAUACCAAAACCGACGAUGAGUUGAGAAUUUCUCACUCUCUCGCUCAGCCUAGGAUAGUAGAUCGUGUGGUCAGUCCACAUAACGAUGACCACUCGUUCGUUAGUUUUACGCUAGCCACCGGUAAAGGCACACGCACGUCGCACGUCGGUCAGCAAAUUACGUACCUAGAUCGUAGUUCGAAUAAAUUCGUAGUUGAAUUAAUAAAAGUGAAUUUCAUUUGAAACGCGUUUGUAAAAUAGUGCUCUAUAGUGAUAUCACUUUGCCUGCAUGAUAACCGGUGUGCCGACGGUCAAGAUCCACUAGACCGCUCUGAUCUGCAUGCUCCAUACCGGAGAACCGAGGUGAGCCACGACCUGCC